AUGUCGGCGCUGCCCCACGGCGCCGCCCGGCUCCACCUCCGGCAGCGGGGAGGAGCUGCCCCGCCUCACGGCGGUGCCCCUCACCGUUCCCUGAGCGGGUGGCCCCGGCACGGCGACCCCCGGUAUGGCACGCCCCUGUCCCGGCAGGAUGAGGCGCCCCUCGUCCGGGGCCGGACGGUGACUGAGGGGGAACGGGUGCUCCGCGCCCCGCUGCGCCGCCUCCGCCGCGCUCCUCCCCGGCCCCUCCGGCAGUUCUCCGCGCUCCUCUGGAGCGUGGCGGAGCCUGGCCGGGAGCCUCGAAGGCACCGCUCGCCUCACGCCGCCUCCCCCCGGCCUCCCCGCACCGCCGGGCCAGGCGGCAGCCCCUGGGGGAUCCGCCAUGUGCCGUGUCCACACGCACACGGAGCUUUCCCGGGCGCGGGGGUCGCCUCAGCGAGCUGGCGCCUCAGCGCGGGUCAUCCCCACAGCAGCGGAGCUGGCCCCGGGGAGGCCGGAGCUCUCCUUGGUCGGGAGAGACCCCAGACCCCAGGGGGAGGUGGCGUGGCCCUGGGACCCGGCCCUGGUAAGGGCAGCAGUGACUUGGAGGAGAGGCAGGGCUGGCCUCGAAGCUGGGAAACCGCUGUGGAGUCAACCUCAGAACUGCAAAAAUGUGCGGUGUUCGCAGGGAAAACUGCGUGUCUCCAAAAUCUUCCGUUGAGCAACUGGUUCUGCAAAUGUUUGUACUGGACGCUCAAAACUCUGUGCUAUCAGACUUGUGCAUUUUCACAGAUAAACCUGCCAGGUGAUGCAUAUAAUGACCCCACUGAAAAUAGGCACAGAAUAGCAGAGCUUGAGUUGUCCCAAAUGUUGUCCCACAAAAGUCAAGACAGGCACAGAGGCUUACCAGCAAAAGCACAUCAGAACUGUAUGAAGAGAGACGUAUGCAUCAAAUGAAUGCUGUUUUUCAAGGUACAUUCUUGAAUUCUUGACAAGACACAUAGUUACUUAUUUCUCCUCCAGUUGUUGUUGGCUUUGAUUAUUAAACUUUGAUUCUGAGAGAAAAGAGAAAAUUUUGUCAGCAUCCCUGACAGGCUGUAACUUUACAGUUGGUGAGUUCAGCUGCCAGCUAGUUGUCAUCCUUUAUUUCUGAAGAUUGCAGUUCUUU